AUGGACGAAUCUUUGAACCCGAUUUCCAGUCAAAACACCGACUUUGCAAUUCCCUUUAACUCGACAUCUGUGCUGGAUGGAACAAUGCCUGAUCUGCUUGAUUCAACGAUUCCAAACAGUCAACAUGAACUGACUAAAAGUCACGCUGAACUGCAAGAGUUUAUCCGAAAUGAACAAGUGGUCGGUUUAAUUGAAGAAGUGCUGGACAAUAUUGAAAGCAAGUUCAUUGAUGAUCCAGUUACUUUACUACAAAGUCUAGUGCAAGACGAAGAAAGGAAAGAAAACAUCGAAACAAUUGCUUCUACUGAAGUCACUGCUUCUGAUGAUGAAAUCACUGAUCAACAUGAGAAAAAGAACGAAAACAUCGAAUCAAUUUCAGCUGCAGAAGUCAUUACUGAUGGCGAUGAAAACAAUGAUCUUGAUGAAAGUUAUCUCUACGUCGACGAAAGCUUGAGCAAGUGCAUGAAACGCCAGAUGAACGAGUCCAUCAUGUCUGUUGGUGAUCCAAUGUUUACGGAAAGUAGAAAGCUGAAACAUCAACAAAGUUUUCUGGAGUGCACUGGUUCUUCUAAUGACACACAUUCAAUGUCAAUUUCAGCGGGCAAUUAUAGUCUGUCCAAUCUAGUGGAAGACAUGGAAAAUAGAAGUCGCCAAAAGGAGCUUCAAAACUAUGAGCAAACAAUUGCUUUUCUCCAAGCAGAAAAUAUUGAAUUUGAGAAAGAACGGGCCCAGCUGAAAUCCAAGCUUGAAGCAGAACGGAAAGAAAAAGAAAGCGUUCAGCAAAAGCUGAGUUUUUUUGAAGAGAAUCAGAUGAGUUUGCAGAAGACAAUCAAUUCUUUGGAGGAAAGAUAUGAACAUCUUAAAAAGGAAAGGAUUAACCUUGAAGAAGCGCUUUCAAUGGCUCAGAAAAAUUGGCAACUAGAAGCAAAAGAAAGGCAAUCUCUUUCUCGCAGUUAUGAGCAGGCAGUUGCCCAUCGUCAAAUGGAAAAGCUUGAAUCUGAAAAGGCACUUGCUCAAUUGAACUCUAAGUUUGAAAAUGAACAGAAAGACAAAGAAAGCGUACAGCAAAAGCUGAGUGCUUUUGAAGAGAAUCAGAUGAGUUUGCAAGAGACAAUCAAAUCUCUUCAGGAAAACCAUGAACGUCUAAAAGAGGAAAAGAUUCAUCUUGAGACGGAACUUUCAAAGUCGAAAGAAUAUCUGCAAUCAGAAACAAACGAAAAGCAAAUUCUCUCUCGAAACUAUGAGCAAACUAUUGCCAAUUUUCAAGCAGAAAAACUGGAGUUUGAAAAGGCACUAACCCAAUUGGAAUCCAAGCUGGAAGCCGAACAGAAAGACAAAGAAAGCGUACAGCAAAAGCUGAGUGUUUUUGAAGAGAAUCAGAUGAGUUUGCAGGAGACAAUCAAAUCUCUUCAGGAAAACCAUGAACGUCUAAAAGAGGAAAAGAUUAAUCUUGAAGAAGCGCUUUCAAAGUCAAAAGAUCAUCUUCAGUCAGAAGCCAAAGAAAAGCAAACUUUGUCUCAAAAUUAUGAGCAAACAAUUGCCCUUCACCAAGCGGAAAAGAUUGAAUUUGAGAAAGCACUGGCCCAGCUGGAAUUCAAGCUUGAAGCUGAACGGAAUGACAAAGUAAGCGAACAGCAAAAGCUGAGGGCUCUUGAAGAGAAUCAGAAAAGUUUGCAGGUGACAAUCAAAUCUCUUCAGGAAAACCAUGAACGUCUAAAAGAGGAAAAGGUUAACCUUGAAGUAGAGCUUUCAAUGGCACAGAAAAAUCUGCAAACAGAGGCAAAUGAAAGGAAAUCUCUUUCUCAAAGUUCUGAGCGAAAAGUUGCCAAUCUUCAAGCGGAAAAACUGGAGUUUGAAAGGGCGCUAACCCAACUGGAAUCUAAGCUGGAAGCUGUGCGGAAAGACAAAGAAAGCAUACAGCAAAAGCUGAGUACUUUUGAAGAGAAUCAGAUGAGUUUGCAGGAGACAAUCAAAUCUCUUCAGGAAAACCAUGAACGUCUAAAAGAGGAAAAGAUUAAUCUUGAAGAAGCGCUUUCAAAGUCAAAAGAUCAUCUUCAGUCAGAAGCCAAAGAAAAGCAAACUUUGUCUCAAAAUUAUGAGCAAACAAUUGCCCUUCACCAAGCAGAAAAGAUUGAAUUUGAGAAAGCACUGGCCCAGCUGGAAUUUAAGCUUGAAGCUGAACGGAAUGACAAAGUAAGCAAACAGCAAAUGCUGAGGGCUUUUGAAGAGAAUCAGAAAAGUUUGCAGGAGACAAUCAAUUCUUUGGAGGAAAGAUAUGAACAUCUUAAAAAGGAAAGGAUUAACCUUGAAGAAGCGCUUUCAAUGGCUCAGAAAAAUUGGCAACUAGAAGCAAAAGAAAGGCAAUCUCUUUCUCGCAGUUAUGAGCAGUACGAGGAGCUGGCGAUGAUCGGCUCGGGAGCCUAUGGAACGGUGUUCAAGGCGCGAGACCGCAACAAUGACGGCCAGAUGGUGGCGCUGAAGAAGGUGCGCGUUCCCCUAGUCGAAACCGGCGUUCCUAUCAGUAUUCUCAGAGAGGUUGCUCUGCUCCGGCAGCUGCAAUCAUUUGAUCAUCCAAAUGUAGUCAAACUACUGGACAUUUGUCACGGUCAUAGUUCGCAACAGGACAAGCAAUUUAUUUUAUUUUUGGUUUUCGAGCACGUCGAACAAGAUCUGUGCACCUACCUCCAGAACUGCCCUUCCCCUGGUCUGGGUCCUGAGAUUAUAAAGGACUUGAUGUUUCAAAUACUGACCGGGGUGUACUUUCUGCACUCCAAUCGAAUCGUCCAUCGAGAUCUGAAGCCGGCGAACAUUCUGGUGACCAGCACUGGCCGCAUCAAGGUGGCCGACUUUGGCCUGGCCCGAAUCUACGCGCAAUCGGCAAAGUUCACCGCAGUGGUGGUCACCCUGUGGUACCGUGCUCCCGAGGUGCUGCUCCAGUCCAGCUACUGCAGUGCGGUGGACAUCUGGGCGAUUGGCUGCAUCUUCGCCGAGCUGUACCGUCGAAAGCCGCUCUUCUGUGGACAGUCGGAGAAUGACCAGCUCUUCAAGAUCUUCGACACCAUUGGCUCUCCGCUAAAGUCCGAGUGGCCGAGAGACUUGUCCGUUCCGUGGGAGAACUUUUCCAACUUUAAAAGACGCGACCUGAAAAGUAUUAUGAAGGACCUCUGCACCAAUGGACAGGAGCUUUUUGAGAAAAUGCUAACUUUCAACCCGGAUAAGCGAAUCAGCGCAAAGAAAGCCCUGGAACACGAAUACUUCAAAGAGAUGCGCCAGCAACAGGUACCUUGA